AUGGCAUCUUCUAGUGCUUGCGGUUUGAGUGGCACAGCUGACACUAGCACAGAUUCAGAGAUUGAGUAUACCACCGAUAAAGAUGAGUCACAUACUUCCAGUGGUACAAGUCAGCCUCAAAGAAAGAAAUUAUGUAAGGGCAGACUCAGACAAAGCUACAAGCAAAAAUACAACAAUCGUUGGGAAAAAAUUCCUGAAUUAAGAGACUGGUUGCGUCCAGGAAAAGACAAAUAUUCUGCAUCAUGUAAAGUAUGUCAAAAGGAUCUUGUAGCUGGACUCAAAGACUUGAAGCGACACGGACAAGCAGCAAAGCAUCUUCAAAAUGCUAAAGCAAAAAGAUCAACUCCAACAAUUUCUACAGUUUUUCCUUCUGAUGAUACGAAAGAAGACGUCAAAAAAGCAGAAAUUAAAAUUGCUGCUUUUAUAGUGGAACACAACCUUUCUUUUCAAGUUAUGGAUCACCUUUCUGAGGUCAUUAAAGAAUCGUUUCCAGAUUCCAAAAUAGCUAUGGAAUUCAGUUGUAAGCAUACAAAAACGAGGAGUAUAGUAAAAAAUGUAAUAGCUAGAAAAUUUCGAAAUCAAUUACAGGAAACAUUGCGCCAAAGGAAAUUCUCUAUCAUCAUCGAUGAGAGCACUGAUAUCUCAUCUACAAAGCAACUUGCGAUAGUGGUGCGAUUUUUCUGUGAUAAAGAUAACAAGGUCAAAAGCAAGUUUUUCAAGUUAAUAGAGGUAUCUCAUGGUGAUGCGACUACUCUAACAACAACUAUUUUGUCUGUAUUUCAUGAAACUGACAUUCCUUUGCAUAACCUUAUUGGUUAUGCUUCAGAUACAACCAAUGUUAUGUUUGGACAACACCACUCAGUAGUAUCAUUACUGAAAGAGAAAAUACCACACCUGUUCACUAUGAAGUGUCUUUGCCAUACAUCUCAUCUCUGUGCAUCGUAUUCAUGCGAGAAACUACCUCGGGCAAUAGAAAGUCUAAUACGUGAUAUAUAUUCUCACUUUAGUCACAGUGCUAAAAGAAUUGCUGAAUAUGAGCGUUUUCAGCACUUUACACAGACAGAGCCCCAUAAGUUACUAAAGCCUGCUCAGACAAGAUGGUUAUCAUUAGAGCUAUGUGUAUUGAGAGUGCUUGAGCAAUGGGAAGCUUUAGAGGCGUACUUUGAUCACUCAGCUCAACAUGACAGGUUAGCUUCAACUCAGACUAUACUGCUGGCUCUAAAGAACCCAAUCUUUAAAUUAUACUUCUACUUUUUACAGUAUGUUCUCCCCAAGUUUACGAACUUCAAUAAACACUUUCAAAGUGAACAACCUAACAUUCACAAUCUUUCAAGCAGUUUGGCUACAGCAUAUAGAUCUUUUUUGAGCUGUUACAUGUCUGCAAGCUAUUUACGUUCGAAAGAGCUCUCUGAUUGGACCCACAGUCAAAAGAAAAUAUGCUACCACUACAUUCAAUGA